AUGCCCGACGAAGAAGUCGACGUUCUUAUCUGCGGUAGCGGGUCAGCGGGCCUCUGCGCAGCGGUCUGGCUAGCUCGUUGCGGGGUCAAAUUCAAGAUCCUCGAGCGCCGGGAGGGUCCGCUCCAGCAAGGCCAAGCCGACGGCGUGCAGUGCCGGACAGUCGAGAUUAUGGAGAGUCUGGGGUUGUCGGAGGAUUUGUUGAAAGAAGCGUACCAUGUUCUGGAGCUCGCAUUUUGGACUCCGGACGGUAACGGCGGGAUCCGGAGAUCCCACCUAGAGCCGGACACGGAGCCGGGGCUCAGUUGGCUGCCCCAUGUUAUCCUGAAUCAAGCCCGCAUCAACGAAUUCAUGAUAAAAGACAUCGAACGCGUAUCUGGUCAGUCUCAUAUCCAGUAUGGCAGCGACGUCCAGAGUGUCGAGGUAGACAGCCAGUUAGCCAAGGAUCGAAAGGCUCAUUGCGUCACGGUCAAGGCGGUAGAAAACGGAGUUGAGCGCACGUAUCGAGCGAAAUAUGCCCUGGGUUGCGACGGUGCCCACAGCUCCGUCAGAAAAUCACUGGGGUUCAAGAUGGUCGGGGACAGCACCGACGCCGUCUGGGCCGUGAUGGACGUCUUUGCCAAAACAGACUUUCCUGACAUCCGCAAGAAGUGCGUUCUGCAAUCUCCAGCGGGCAACCUCGUCAUCAUCCCGCGAGAAGGAGACGAGAAAGUUCGCUUCUACAUGGAGAUGCCUGGCUGGGCGGCAAGCGACGUCAAACCUGACAAGGUGAAGCAUCGGGUUGACCAGAUAUUCAGCCCGUAUACGGUGGACAUUGUAGAAACUUCGUGGUUCUCCGCGUAUUCUAUCGGCCAACGCCUCGCAAACAACUUCACCAAAGACCACCGUGUGUUCCUGACUGGGGACGCAUGUCACACCCAUUCCCCGAAAGCUGGCCAGGGUAUGAAUGUGAGUCUUCAAGAUGGGUACAAUAUUGGAUGGAAGCUCGCGGCUGUGAUAAAAAUGGAGAACGAUCCCGCGAUAUUGGAGACAUAUGUCUCCGAGCGGCAAGAAACCGCCAACGAUUUGAUUGAGUUCGAUCGCCACUUCACCAACCUUUUCUCAUCAUCGUAUCGGAAGGAACAUGGUGUCACCGCGGAAGACUUUCAGGACUAUUUCAUCAAAUCAGGGAGAUACACAGCCGGGCUCGCAAUAGAGUACAAGCCCUCAAUUCUGAUUCGGCCAAGCGAGGCUGAUAAGCUGGCAUCGGGUGUGCGCGUGGGAAUGAGAUUUCCGAGCGCGCAAGUAGUCCGCGUUUUUGAUGCCCGGGUUAUGCAAUUGGCGAGGGCCUUGCAGUCUGAUUCUCGAUGGCACGUGGUUGUUUUCGGGGGAGAUAUCAACAAUGCAGAAGGCGCGGCUCGUUUGUUACAGGCUACCUCAGAACUGGCCGCUGCUCUGGAACGCUUGGUUCUUGAACGUUUUCACCCAGUGUUGUUGCUCAAGUCUGACCGGAAAAAGCUGGAUGAGAGGAAGAUUCCCAGCUUCUUCAUGCCAAACACAGGACAUGGAGGAGUGCGACGUCUCCAGGACGUCUUCGUUGAUGACCAGAGUUAUCAUGCUGGUCAUGGCGAAGCUUACGCCAAAUACGGCGUCGAUGCUGCAGUUGGGGCUGUGGUCCUCGUCCGUCCAGACCAAUACGUCUCUUUGAUAUGCCCAUUGGGGCGAGCAGAAGACAUCGUUAAAUUCUUCAUGGACCCUACCAUCCCCUCGAAAGAUUGA